CACCACUAAACCAAACAUUGCAAGUUCCAACGGCACUAGAAUAUAUCCUGACUUUCUGGUAUUAUUAGCCAUUUCACUGAGCCUUCAAGAAAGUCAUUCUGCGCUGAAAUGGCCACCCUCGCAGUGGUUCAGGGCGACAAUGCCUCGGCAACAAUUCACGGAAGCAAUCCUCAAACAACAUUCAGUGUCGGCACCAGAAAAUCAAAGCUUGCUCUCAUCCAAACGGAUCUUGUAGUGAAGGCUUUGGCAUCAACAUUCCCCGACAAUGUCUAUGCGAUCAAAGCACGAGACACGGCAGCCGGGGAUAUCGACAAAAUUACUCCAUUCAAGGAUAUGCCGGUUAAGAAUUUGUGGACGCACGAACUUGAAACCUUGAUGCUCGAAGGAGGAUUGGAUUUCUUGGUCCACUCAUAUAAAGAUGUGCCCACUCAAUUGCCUCCUGGCUGUACAAUUGGUGCAGUGCUGCAAAGGGAAGACCCAAGGGAUGCUUUUGUUCUUAAGGCCGGACGCAAACCUUGCAAUAUCGAAGACCUACCCGCAGGAGCAGUUGUUGGUACUUCGUCAAUGCGAAGAGGAGCUCAGAUCGCUCUUAAAUAUCCUCACCUACGAGUUCUUGAUAUGAGAGGAAAUAUCGACACGAGACUGUCGAAACUCGAUGCCGAGGACGGACCUUUUGAUGCUGCAAUUCUUGCAGCUGCCGGCCUAAUUCGGGCCAAUCUCAGUCAUCGCAUCACUCAGUAUCUCGAUUCAAAAAAUGGCGGGAUGCUCUAUGCUGUUGGACAGGGCGCGAUCGGGGUCGAGAGCCGAGCAUCUGACGAACGUGUUCAAACCAUGCUUGAUAGGAUAGACCAUCUCGAAACUCAUCUGGCUACAUCCACGGAGCGAAGCUUACUGAGGACUUUGGAAGGCGGAUGCAGUGCUCCUCUCGGAGUUGAAACGGAAUGGCUCAAAGAAGGGGACAGCAAAGAUGCACUUCAGCUCAAAGCAAUCGUUGUAAGUCAGGACGGAAAGGAGAAGGCAGAAGUUGAGAUGACUCAAGUGGUGAAGACCAAAGAGGAUGCAGACUCAUUCGGCAUACGUGCAGCUGAGGAGUUACUGCGGAAGGGCGCAGACAAAAUUUUGGCGGACAUCAAAGCUAAGAGACCGACGACUGUAGCGGAUCUGGAAGAAAAAUAAACAUAGACUUGAGGUUGUCAUGAGUAUGGUCACGCAUCUCGAGACAGUGCAGUGGCGAAGGCAAUACCAGAGAAAGCGAUAGAUACCGACGGGGCGAAUACCUCCAACUGGGCCUGCUAGGGGAAAAGUAACUCAAACGGGCUGAGCUUCAGCCUCUGUUCAAUCUAUUGCCAGCGCCUUUAGGAUUUGCUUCAACAAAUUCAUCCCACUGCCGAGCUUUCAUGGUGGCAGCAUCAACCUCAUCUAUAUUAUCUUCAUCGGGCUCCGGCUGAGGAGCAUUGGCAUUGCCACCUCCUUCGAUAAUACCUCCUCUGCGUCGUUCUUCCUCGAGAUAUUCGUCGAUGCUCAUCGUUGGGAGGUUAUGACCAGAUCGAAAGACACCCUGUUGAAGUUGGGUGCGUUUGUCGGUAAGGGUGAAAGGCUGCAGUGGCUUCCCACUCGAGUUGAGCAGAGGACCACCCCUCUUGCCUAGCCCUGCCAAUGUCAUGGGCCCAUCCAGGCGUUCAGAAUAUCC